AAUCUAUUAAGUAUAAUUUUGUUAGAGCUGCAGGAUGACUGUGUCAUUGGUUGUGUUUAUCUUCAUCUGUAAAUCCAUCAGCAGCUGUAAGGUUUCCACUCUGUCCAUGCAGGACAGUAACACCUCAGGUCAAGUUCCACAGAUUUUGUAUCCAUCCAAUAACACUAUAGAAGCAUUGAUUGGCUCAAAACUAGAUAUAACUUGCACAGUAAUGGCUGACCUUCAUUCAAGGAUUGAAAUAUUGGUGUACUGGCUAGCUAAUCACAGUUAUAUUGAAGACUACAGCAAAAACACUAGAGUUAGAGAAAUUCGAAGUGAAAGAAGAGAAAAAGAAGCAUAUUAUAUUGAUGCUCACCUGAGUUUUUCAGAAAUUAAAAUAAAGGACUUUGAAAUAAAUUUUGUAUGUGUUGUCUUAAGUGAAGAAAUUGAACGAGUAAGCUUCAUUUUCAUCAAGCCAGCAGUUUCAAAUGCUGCAUCAGAUUUUGUGGUUGGUCUGGCUGUGCUGAUUAGUAUCAUUCUGGUGAGCAUUUGCAUCUACAAGUUUGUAAAAUCCAAGCAUCCACUGAGAUAUGCAAUCCUGAAGUGAACACUAUUGCAGAUGUUGUGCAACCCUAUUUCCAGGAUUUUCUGUUUUCAGUAUGUUAAACGAUUUCUUUUGUCUGACAUGUACCUGGAAUUUAAGUGCAUGUUUAGUAACCAACUGCAUAAGUUUGUGAAGAUUAAUUUAUUUCUGAGGUUUUGUCUUUAAUUUUGAAAUUAUAGAUUGAAUAUACUGUAUAUUACUUCUUGCUGCUUGAUAUACAUAAUAUACAUAAAUCAGUUCCUUUGAAGCUACAGUCACCUUAAAAUGCCACCUUGACAUUCUUGUUAAAGCACUUGCUGCAUUAUGGCUGAGCAGCUAGCAAAGCUUAAAUUUGAUGGAUUCUGAACUCUCAAACUCAUGAGAAAAUGGUUCCAAUGGUCAUUUACUGCAAUUGUGCUUGUGUUCUUGGAAUUUUCUUCCUAUAAUUUCAUUAGGUGAUAAAUUAGGAAAUAGAAAAUCCAUGCCAUUACGUUGGUUAUUACAGCCAUUAUGCAUGCUGCAUUGUAACGGAAUGUUGAUGUGAUGCUAUGUUUUGAGAAUUUUUUUUUCUGUUUUCACAUACUUUUACAUUCUAUGUUGCUAUUUGACAUUAGUUACAGAAGUGAGAUUAUGCUUGUAUUCCCCUCAAUUGUCAUGAUUUUUACUGCAUGGACAUCAAAAUAAUAAGACCUUACAAAAAACACCAAGCUUAACAUAAUGUCAUUAUACUAUAUUAUUGUUUGGACUUAUUAAAAUGGAU